AGCUGAUACUUCUGAUACUCACAAUCAGCGCUUGGGAAUCGUGUUUAACAAACAUAACAAACGGUGGAAAUUAUUAGGAUUAUGUAAUGUAAUUAGUUAAUUUCAGCACCCUAGAAUCGAAAAUUGAAUUAUUACAGUGCUUAAUCAUCGUCUCUGUAUCUCAGGGAAACAUUUUUGCGCAUUUUUGUGAUGCGUUUGUCUCGCAAAAGCCGAGAAAUCGAACUUUUGGCGUGCAUCGCAGCAUAGAACGUAUCUUAUAAUUACCAAAACAACCACAUCGUGUUCAGUAAAAAUUAUCCGAGACUAGCCGCUGGCGCCGUCUCAUUUUCCUUUUUACAACCAUGGAUGAAUGCACUUUUAAAAGUUUUCACGAUUCCUCAACCGUUCUAUGUGAAGGCAUAAAGACCCGCAUUGUUGACGAAAUUGGUCAUCUGUUGCACGAUGAAAAAUUUGUCGAUGUGACCAUUCUCUGUGACCGUCAUGUCUUCAGAGCUCACAAAGUGAUCCUGUGCUUGGCAAGUCCACUCUUGCGUGAACUCUUGGAGAACAACCCAAGUCCGGAUCCAGUGAUAUCAUUUUCAGAUGGUGUGGAGUGGACACACAUAACCUGGAUUCUGCAGUAUGUCUACUCGGGUCAAGUGUCUGUACCAGAAAAACAUUUCAAAGAGUUCUUGAAGACGGCUAGACUUCUACACAUCUCCUCUCUAUAUAACUUGAAGAUGAAAUUGCAGGGACCUGAAUUGAACUCACCGUCUGUGAAAAGGCCAUCCACACCAGAGAAAGAGCCACCAGUUCCCCCUGCUAAAAAGCUUCGGAUCAACAAAAAGGUGCCCAAGAGAAAGGGCAAUCUAGUGCCUCGCAACAUAGGCGAAGAAAUUCCCAUAAUUAUCAGCACAAAAUCCCUCGAAAGAGAGUCAUGUUUGCUGACUUCAGAUUUGACACCCAGCCAACAGAUCAUCAUCAAUGCAGAGCCUGUUUCGCCAGAAAUUUUGAAGGAGGGAGUGUAUAGUGAUCCCAAUCAGGAAGUGAUCACAAUUCAAACAGGUCACGUUGAUGAUAUGCCUGUAGAAGAAAUCGUAGAGGUCAUGACAUCAUCUGGUUCUGACAAUGCGAACGUCCUUGAAGCUUCUGAUUCCUUUACCCCAGAAGUCAUUGUCAGCGAAUCACCAGAGAACCAGUUCAAAUACCUGUAUGCUCCUUCUAAAGCACAUCUGAAUCCUACCCAUUCGCUAGCUCCUAAGAAGUGUAACACCUGCGGCAAAGUUUACUCAAACCUGUCCAAUUUGAGGCAACACGUAAACUUAGUACACACAAAGCAUUCUGGAGUGAGGUGUAGCUUGUGCCCGAGAGGGUUUAAGCUGGAAUUGUACCUGCGGCGACACCUAUUAACAGUGCACAACAUCAAGCCAGUGAAGAAGGAAUCAACGACGAAAGAGUCCCGCAGAUUGAUGAGUUUGAAAGCAUCUCCAUUGCAACUGUGCGUUGAAGAUGAAUAUGAACCGGAUCAAAAAUUGAUAUCUGAAGAUGACUCGGCAGUGGAAAAUAUUGAUCAACACGGCCCUCUGAGUUAACAAGAGCAACAAGAUGAGAAUUCUCCACAUGUUACCUGAAUUUAAUUGCUAGUGUAUUAAUACUUAUAUGCUUUGGUGUGAUAGAUUUAUUGAGACCAUUUUAAGCACAGAUGCUUCGUUUGAAGAAAAUGCGCAAUAAAUUAUACUAAUGGGAGUUGCAGAAUAUUAAUCA